AUGUCUCUUGUGUCAUUCCUGGCCAAGUUCAUGGGCAUGGACGAUAGGCUGAAAACCGCUAAUCGCUCGUUCACUCGAAGCGAUCGAGUCGGCAAGCCUAGAAGGUCGCCAAGGAAGACACAUAGGCAUGUGAAGGCGAAGAAAAUGCAAGAGAAGGUGGAAAGUCAGUCACCGGCUAAUCCCCUCACGAGCCCUAUAGUCACCAUGAUCGUUAGUCACGAACAACGUGUCUUCGUAGCUCAUGAGGAAAUCCUGUGCCGCUCGCCUUUAUUCCGGUCUCUACUCAAAGACGAGUUUGUCGGGGACAGCACGAAUAAGGCAGUGGCUCUGCCAGAUGAAGAGCCAGAAGUUUUAUCCUGCGUUCUCGAAUUCUUGUACAAGGGAGAUUAUUUCCCGCGCCUGAUCCGUAACAAGGACACCGGUUCAUGGGAACUCGAGAACAGCCAGAAUGCCACCACCCACACCGGUGGCCGCGGGUCGAGCGAAGCGACUAUGUUCCACUCCGCUGUAGGCGAUAUCGUCCUCAGGGACACGGUCGUGUACUGUGCAGCUGAGAAGUAUGGACUGGAGGGGCUCAAAAGCCUUGCUAUUCGCAAGCAGGGUCUUCAGAGCGGAAUCCCCAUCGAUGUGAUUCUACGAUCCGCUCGGUAUGCCUACGACAACACGCCGGACUCGGAGUAUCGACUGCGCUCUCAUUACUUGGCUAUGAUCAUUCGGACCCGACAGAUUUUCAAGACUAGUGGAACCAUGCAGUAUGAGAUGGAGAUGGGUCAUAAAUUGUUUUUCGAUCUGUUUGUUGCUAUGUGUAACCACAUGGAUGAUCUUGAGGAGAUGAGUAACAACGAAUCGCCUAAGAUGGCCUAA